UACAAGGUGACAAUGGACAGUGCUAUGUUAAGCUAGUUUUCUCACUCAGGGUUUGUUGUAAUUUAUUCUUAUCUCAAGUGUCUGCGGCCAUUAUCCAGAUAACCAAAUCUUCUUCAACAAGAGGAGGCUCUUUGCCACAUUUUCAUCUAGCUUCUCAGAGAGAGGCAUGCCACAGAACGUGUCAGGCAUGAGCAGUGGGCAUACCAGGCGRCGAGAGGAGUUGAAGGUUGUGAUAGUAGGUGAUGGUGGAUGUGGGAAAACCUCCCUCCUCAUGGUUUACACUAAAAAAGACUUUCCAGAGAAAUAUAUUCCCUCUGUGUUUGAAAAAUGUGUCGCCAAGGUGAAGUACAGAGGGGCUGAGUUUCGCCUGAACCUCUAUGAUACUGCAGGUCAAGAGGACUAUGACCGAUUACGGCCUCUGUCCUAUCCGAAUGCCAACCUGGUGUUGAUCUGCUAUGAUGUAAUUUGCCCCUCAAGUUAUGACAAUGUCCUAAUAAGGUGGUACCCCGAGGUGCAUCACUUCUGCCAUGGCGUUCCCAUUAUCCUGGUAGGAUGCAAAACAGAUCUGCGGAAAGACAAGGUCUUGGCAAGGAAACUAUGGUCCUCAGGCCAGAACCCCAUCACAUACAUCCAGGGUGAAGAGACCAAAAGGAAGAUCAAAGCUGAGCUCUAUUUGGAGUGUUCAGCCAAAUACAAGGAGAAUGUGGAGGACAUAUUCAGAGAGGCUACCAAACGAGCCCUUGCAGCAACAAGGAAAUCCAGAAAGGCAAAGAGGAACGGAUUCUGUGCCCUUCUGUGACCCAAGAGAUAAUGCUAUCCACCACCGUGAGCUCCUGAUACAGACAAUACUCUAGCCUUACUCAGGGAAAACACAGAUGAUGACAGACUCCUUCUCCCUACGAGUCCUCUUAUAAUAUUGUUGCUGCAUUUUACCCUUCUGCUAACCGACUUCCUUUGUUGUUCCUUCCUGCUAAUUCUUGACAUAUUGUCAAAAUGUGUUUCUUUAAUAGAAAUGAACAACGCCCUCAAGUUAUAGAACCACAAAUGGGGACAUUUGGUCUUAGAAAAUUAAGGAUGCAUGAGGAAGAAGUUGAAGGUACCAUUGUACAAAAAUUGAAAGUUCCAUUGUAUUUUUCAUUUUGACGCAUCCAAAUCUUUUAAUUUAUACAAAAGAGAAGGUUGACUCAAACAGUAAUUCAUAUAGUACAUCUCAUAGUUGUAAAAAACAAACAAAAAAAAGAACAUUAAUAUGAUUAAAUGAAGCAACAUAAAUCUGGAUUAGCUUGUAGAAUUCAUUCUUCGGUAAGCCUAGCGUUGUUAUGCAUAAUAACAAUUGCACAUUGACUCCAGUCCUUCCAAUGACUAUGAAUGUAAUCAGAUAUGACAUACAAAAUAUGUAUAAUGUAUUUCAUAAAUGUCAAUGAUUGUCUAAUAAAGAGGUUCUCAAUCCAAUUCACUUACCUUUGGGGAGACUCAGCACAUUGUAACAGAUUUACAGUAUACGACUAGAAAACUAUUCAACCUCUUGGAUUUGGCAACAGACACAAGGCAGUGCAGUCAGAGUUUAUUAAGCGUGGGGCUUAAUAAACCCUCAAACAGAACAUCUUAAAAACAUCAAAUGGCAUUUAAAGGGGAUGUUUUAAAAAAGGCGUCAACCAUCAUCCAAUAUACUGAUGCAUAAAUAAUAAAAACCGCAAAUAAUCAUAUGCCAUUAUUUUAUUAAAGUAAUAUGUGCACUUGGAUCACAUUCAAAGGUUGACGAUAAAGAUCUGAAGUUUUGCCUCCAUUGAAAUUAAUUUAGAAGUAGCUACUUGUGACUUCACAUAAAUGCAAAACAAUUAGUGCUUUACAGUAUUGUUAA